ACUAACUGUUAAGCUGUAUGCCUUAUAGUGAUAAUAAUAUGUAUAAUGUGUGAUACACGAUUAAAAUUUAAAACGUUCAUGACGGUACACGUAAACCACCAUAGUUAAUAUUAUAGUAUCGCGAAGAUGAAUCCGUUCGAAGGCUUGGAGAUCUCCGACGACUGGCAAGCAUUGUUCAACAUAAACGAACGGCAACCGUGCCGCAAGUGCUCGAAGUCCAGGAAAUAUUUUUGUUACACAUGUUACACUUUAAAUGCUGAUGUAGAAAAUAUUAAAAUCCCAAUGCUUGAGUUGCCGUUUAAAAUCGACAUCAUAAAACACAGCCGAGAGAUAGCAGGCAAAAGCACUGCGAUACAUGCUGCUCUUUUAGCGCCAAACGAUGUCACUAUUUAUAUUUAUCCUGACAUGCCCAGAUACACUGAAGACGACAAGGUAAUCCUUGUUUAUCCAGGAAAAUCUGCUGUGACCUUACAAGACUUCUAUUCUUCCAAAAAAAAACAAGAAGAUAGUGCAGAGUAUAAUAAAAACAAGACUGCUAGUAAAUUAAUUACACAUGCAUUAUUUAUUGAUAGUACGUGGAAUCAAAGUAAUGGAAUUCUGAAAGAUCCAAUUAUAUCAGGACUUCCAUGUAUAAAGCUACAAAUAAGAUUAUCUCAAUUUUGGAGACAUCAAAAAGGCAGCCCUAGGUGGUUCUUAGCCACUAUUGAAGCUAUUCAUCAAUUACUUGUUGAAUUCACAGAAGCAGAUGUCAAAACAAACGAGCCACUCAAAAAUUAUGAUAAUAUGUUAUUUUUCUUUAGAUUUAUGUAUGAAAAAAUUCACCAACUAUAUGAACAUGAUAAGCUUAAAUCAUACAGAAGACCAAUGAAUGUAUGAAAUUGUUAUUAUAUGAUAAAAUUUAUUUAUUUGUUUGUAAAAUAAAUUUUUUUACCUAUUUUAAUAUUGAAAAGGCGUUACUAUAAUUAGUGCUUUAUUAACUAAAUACCUAUAUCACAUAUUGUUAGAUUCUUUCAUCAGAAUUUCCAAAUUAUAAGAAAAGUGGUAUAGAUAUGUUUGGCACGACCACUCGACACUAUUAGCCGUUGAUGUAUGAAUGUUAAUUUUAGCCAGACUACUUGUCCAUAACUAUUUUAUUAAUAGUUGGUGUGAUAUGAUUCAUUUUGAGACAUGAGUUAAAUACAUAAUUUGUUUAAAUGAAUAAACAAAUUGCUUACAGCUUUCAAUGAUUCUUGUUGAUAUCUUAGUAUUAAAUUUAUGUUUGUUCAACUAACAAAAGAUAAGAACACAUUUAAUAUUGUAAUUAGAGG